AUGGCACCUGUUGCUACAGUCGCUAUAGAGACGAGUGAUGGAAAGCUGGUAAAAAAACCAAUAAGCUUUAUUAACCUAGCUGUUGGAGCUGCAUUAAACAUGUUUGAGAUAUCAACACUUGGACAGCCUUUUGAAGUAGUCAAAACUCAUCUUGCUGCUAAUAGAAAAGAUAAUAUUAUGAUGGCAUUGAAAAAAACAUAUAAAAGGGGUGGUAUUCUAGGUUUUUAUCAAGGACUAAUACCGUGGGCAUGGAUCGAAUCUAGUACUAAGGGUGCAGCACUUAUCUUUACCGCAAGUGAGAUUGAAUAUCAUGCAAGAGCUGGUAUUUUUGGUGGAAUGGCUGGAGGCUUAGCACAAGCAUAUACUACCAUGGGCUUUUGUACUUUUAUGAAAACUGUUGAAGUUACGCGUCACAAAGCUCCUGCAAGUGAACAAGUUUCGAGUGUUAAGAUUGCUAUGGACAUAUGGAAAAAGGAAGGGAUUCGCGGAAUUAAUAAAGGUGUCAAUGCUGUUGCCCUACGACAAUGUACUAAUUGGGCUAGUAGAUUUGGUUUGACACGACUUGGUGAAACGGCAAUUAGAAGAAUUCGUGAUGGUGAAACAGUAGAUUAUAGUCGACCGUUAUCGCCGCUUCAAAAAAUUUUAGCUAGUGCUAUUGGUGGUGGUUUGUCCUGCUGGAAUCAGCCAAUCGAAGUUAUUCGUGUUGAAAUGCAAUCUCAAGUGAAAUCACCUGACCGACCUGCAAAGAUGACGAUUGCCUCAGCUGCAAAAUAUAUAUAUAAAAAUAAUGGAUUUAAAGGGUUUUAUCGAGGUGUAACCCCUAGAAUUUGUCUUGGUGUCUGGCAAACUAUUUGCAUGGUAUUUGGUGGUGACACUGUAAAGGAAAAGAUUGCAGCGAGACAGAAGGCGAAAAUGGCGAAAAUCUAG